AUGGGAUCUUCUCGUUGUUAUUCUUCGAGGUUCAUACCAGUGGCUAUUAUCACGCUAUUCAUUUUGAUCGUUAUUAUAGGCAAUUCAUUUUCCUAUAUUGAAUUCUAUCAAUACGGAUUUCUCCGUCGACGAACUACAGGUCGUGUCAAUCUCAGUCGAAUUUACGAAAGUGGACUAUAUUUUUCUGGACCAGAUUAUACUUUCAAAGAAUUCAAAGCAACAAUACAUCAUGUCAAUCUAAGUAAUGUAUUGGUUUUUACGUCAGAUAAUUUACAAGUAAACUUAAACAUAAAAUUUCAAUAUUUUCUUACCAAAGAAGAUUUACCACAUCUUCAUGCUACAUACGAUAUUCGCUAUCAGCCAAUUAUUAUUGCCAAUGCUAAAGAAGCUGUUAUAUCAACAUGUUCACGAUUUGAUACCGAUGAAUUUAUAAAGAAUCGAAAUAAAAUUCAGCGUGAAAUUUAUUUUGGUGUUAAGCGUCAUUUAGGCGGCUCUUGUUGUAUUCCGAAAUGUAAAACUAACUGUUCAAAAUGUCCAAUCCAUGAACGAUGUGUUCCGAAUUGUAAACCACGCGAAAAAAAUUGUACAAAAGAAGAAAAAGGUUUAUUUGUUGAACUGCGAUAUCUUCAACUGCACGAUAUUGACGUUCCACAAUGUGUUAUGGAACGACGACUUCUUGGUUUAGUUCGUAAUUUAGAAAGAGAAAAAGCAGAAUAUGUAAAUCACGAAGCUCUUAUUAAAAAGCAAACGGAUAUUUUAGUAAAUCGAUAUCGCAAUAAUGCAACACAGACACUUGCACUUUCUGAAGCGCAAGCAAAAUUAAUACGGGAAAUGGCAAAAGCUGAUGCACGUAAAAAACUUGAGUUAGCUCGAAUCGAUGGUUUAACGUCUAUGUGCUCGACAUUAGGUGUUACAGAAGCACAUGAUAUUAAUCAUCUGGAAUAUAUACAAACAUUAAAAGAUUCAAAGGAAAAUAUUACAUAUGCGAUUGACUUUAGUCAUGCCAUUUUACAACGAUCACAAUUAAGAUAA